GGGCGGGCAGUCUGUCAGUCGCGGUGUCGGCGGGCAGUAGGACCGCGCCGUAGCCGCCUCCAUUUCCCGGCCAGGCAGGCCGCCUCCUCCUCUCCGCCUCGCUCGGGAAAGCCGCGCCGUGUCCGUGUCCCGCGCCCCCAGCAUGGAGUACGAGUGGAAGCCGGACGAGCAGGGCCUCCAGCAGAUCCUGCAGCUGCUGAAAGAGUCUCAGUCUCCGGACACGACCACCCAGAGGGCAGUGCAACAAAAAUUGGAACAGCUCAAUCAGUUUCCAGACUUCAACAAUUAUCUAAUUUUUGUUCUUACAAAGUUAAAAUCGGAAGAUGAGCCUACACGCUCUUUGAGUGGACUGAUCCUGAAAAAUAAUGUGAAAGCUCAUUUUCAGAACUUCCCCAAUGGGGUGACUGACUUUAUAAAGAGCGAGUGCUUGAAUAACAUUGGUGACUCAUCCCCACUAAUUAGAGCAACUGUAGGAAUCUUAAUCACAACUAUUGCCUCAAAAGGAGAGUUGCAGAAUUGGCCAGAGCUGCUGCCAAAGUUGUGUAGUCUGUUGGACUCGGAGGAUUAUAACACAUGUGAAGGAGCUUUUGGAGCCCUUCAGAAAAUCUGUGAAGACUCAGCUGAAAUUUUAGACAGUGAUGUAUUGGAAAGGCCACUUAAUGUUAUGAUUCCAAAGUUUUUGCAGUUCUUCAAACACAGUAGUCCAAAAAUAAGGUCACAUGCUGUUGCCUGCGUCAACCAGUUCAUUACUGCGAGAACACAAGCUCUUAUGAUGCAUAUUGAUUCCUUUAUUGAGAACUUAUUUGCAUUGGCCACAGACGGUGAGCCAGAAGUUCGGAAAAAUGUUUGCCGGGCACUUGUAAUGCUGCUUGAAAUUCGAAUGGACCGCCUGUUUCCUCAUAUGCAUAACAUUGUGGAGUACAUGCUGCUGAGGACGCAGGACCCUGAUGAAAAUGUGGCGUUGGAGGCCUGUGAGUUUUGGCUGACACUUGCUGAGCAGCAGAUUUGCAAAGAAGUGCUCUCCCGGCAUCUUGCAAAGUUGAUACCGAUCUUGGUGAAUGGGAUGAAAUAUUCAGAAAUAGAUAUCAUCUUACUAAAGGGUGAUGUAGAAGAGGAUGAAGCUGUGCCCGACAGUGAGCAGGAUAUCCGACCUCGGUUUCACAGAUCGCGAACGGUGGCCCAGCCUCAUGAGGAGGAUGGUAUUGAGGAAGAUGAGGACGAUGAUGAUGAUGACCUUGAUGAUGAUGAUGAGACAAUAUCAGACUGGAAUAUAAGGAAAUGUUCGGCUGCAGCUCUUGAUGUGCUAGCCAAUGUAUUAAGGGAUGAACUUCUGCCACACAUUUUGCCUCUGUUAAAAGAACUCCUUUUUCAUCAAGAAUGGGUAGUCAAGGAAUCUGGAAUCCUUGUUCUUGGAGCUAUUGCAGAAGGUUGUAUGCAGGGUAUGAUUCCUUACCUUCCUGAGCUGAUCCCCCAUCUUAUUCAGUGCCUUUCUGAUAAAAAGGCUCUUGUGCGUUCCAUUACUUGCUGGACCCUUAGCCGCUAUGCACACUGGGUAGUCGGCCAGCCCCCAGACAUGUAUUUAAAGCCAUUAAUGACAGAGCUGCUAAAACGCAUUCUUGACAGCAACAAGCGAGUACAAGAAGCUGCUUGCAGUGCCUUUGCUACUUUAGAAGAGGAAGCUUGUACUGAGCUUGUUCCCUACUUAGCUUACAUUCUGGAUACAUUGGUCUUUGCAUUCAGUAAAUACCAGCACAAAAACCUUCUCAUCCUUUAUGAUGCUAUAGGAACAUUAGCGGAUUCCGUUGGACAUCACCUAAAUAAGGAAGAAUAUAUUCAGAUGCUGAUGCCUCCACUUAUUCAAAAAUGGAAUGUUUUAAAGGAUGAAGACAAGGAUCUUUUUCCUUUACUUGAGUGCCUAUCUUCUGUUGCUACUGCACUUCAGUCCGGUUUCUUACCAUACUGUGAACCUGUAUACCAGCGUUGUGUGAACUUGGUACAAAAGACUCUUCAGCAAGCAAUGAUGCACAAUGCACAGCCAGACCAGUACGAGUCUCCAGAUAAAGAUUUUAUGAUUGUGGCCCUAGAUCUACUGAGUGGGCUGGCUGAAGGGCUUGGUGGUAACAUUGAACAGCUUGUGGCUCGGAGCAACAUCCUGACUCUAAUGUACCAGUGUAUGCAGGAUAAGAUGCCAGAGGUGAGGCAAAGUUCUUUUGCAUUAUUGGGAGACCUUACCAAGGCAUGCUUUCAACAUGUCAAAUCAUGCAUUGCGGAUUUCAUGCCUAUCUUAGGAACAAACCUAAACCCUGAUCUAAUUUCUGUAUGCAACAAUGCUACCUGGGCAAUUGGUGAAAUUUCUAUACAAAUGGGACUUGAAAUGCAGCCUUAUGUUCCAAUGGUGUUGCAUCAACUUGUAGAAAUCAUUAACAAACCCGGCACGCCAAAGACUCUCUUAGAGAAUACAGCAAUAACAAUUGGUCGUCUUGGUUACGUUUGUCCUCAAGAGGUGGCCCCCAUGCUACAGCAGUUUAUAAGACCCUGGUGUACUUCAUUACGAAACAUUCGGGACAAUGAGGAGAAGGAUUCUGCUUUUCGUGGAAUUUGUACUAUGAUCAGUGUUAAUCCUGGAGGUGUAGUUCAGGAUUUUAUAUUUUUCUGUGAUGCUGUUGCAUCGUGGAUUAAUCCAAAAGAAGAUCUUCGAGACAUGUUCUGUAAGAUUCUUCAUGGGUUUAAAAACCAAGUAGGGGAUGAAAAUUGGAGACGCUUUUCAGACCAGUUUCCACUUCCCCUUAAAGAACGUCUUGCAGCAUACUAUGGAGUUUAACCUAGAUGUGCUCUAGCUGCAGUCUCACCGUUAGGGGUCCUUCAGUCUGGGAGACAGCGGGGGAGCCUCUGCACCCAGGGAAAAAGCUACCCUUUAAGAGGGGGGAAGGGCAAACCAGUAGGGAACACAGUACAAUCCCAAAGCCUACUGGGAGGGGCGGGAGGGAGGUGUUGCCGUCACUGUAUUAAGUCGAUGUUGGGAAACGUUUAAACCGUCUGGAGCCUUUGUGGGUGGAAAUAUGUCUCCUUUACAAUACUGCACUGGAUGUGAAGAAGCAAAUUCUCAUCGCCAAACGGCACAUUCUGGUAUAUAGGGAAUUGUACUUAAGAGUACCUUUAUAAUUGAACUCUAGAGGGUUAAGUAGGAAGAAACAAAUUUUUGCACACUUCAGAGGAAAUCUUAGGAAUGGGGGAUUAUAGCAGUAAAUGGCAUUUAUAUUAAAGCAAAAGGGUUGCCUAACUAUCCCGCUAAUUGGGAAUUUUCUGUGUUUGCAUGUUAAUGAAGACAUAAAUAGAUGAAGUUGGCAAAGUUAAACACAGCUUGCUGCGCGUAUUACGAGCAGAUAAUUGCAGUCUGCACUUCAAAUGCCUGUGAAAUAAGUUAAGAUCUACUGCAUAAAUUGAUGUCCACCAAAAUGCCAAAUUUAGUAUUUUUUUUUUAUAUUAUUUAUUUUUUUUUCUCUUCAGGAGGGGAAGGAACAAGUUAAAACAAAACUCCUUAUUUUAGUUUACGAAGAACAUUUAAUAUAAGUAUAUAUUUUUUUAAGAAUCACUCCUUUGCUGAAUGAUAAUUUUCAAUUUUUGUUUGGCAGCAAUAGUUAAACAAUAGACUAAGGCAUAUUGUUUCUUCCAGUUUAGAGGAGAAUAUGAAGUGCUUUGCACCAGUGUCGUGAGGGGUUUCCUUCUCCCGGGGCAUGCAGUCCAGGAUUCUUGUAGUGGUUAAGAAUUAAUACAUUUAGUGGGGUUAAGUUUGUAUCACAUAGUAGGGUAGGUCAACAUUACCUGUAUGCGCCUUUUUUUUUUUUUUUCUUCCUUUUUUUUUUUUUUGCGGUUUAUUCAUUAAGUUUCACCCUGCAUCCAUAUUGUCUGUUUUAGGUAUCAUAGAUUAUUACUUUAAGUGCUAUAGAAUACGGUUAAGCCCUAGCCCUUUUGUCUGUCAGCAGGGUCCUACCUCACUGCCCUGUGAGUCUCAUUGAUGGGGAAGGGAGGGUUAAAUGAUAAAAUCUCCAGCAUAGGGAAAGAAAUAAACGUCAUAUAGCAACACAAUGUGGAAAUCUGGUUGAAUUGUGCAAAAACCUGUUUGCCUUUGUGCUAUCAGUGUGAUGUGCUUUCUGCAUGAUUAAGUACUAGUGAUUACUAAAAGUUACACGGAGUAAGAUCAAAUUAGAUGGCUCAUACUGAAAACUUUAGACAACAAGUUAACUGCUAUAAUUUUGUAUUCAUUGACACUUCACAACAUAUUACCCAUCAUAAGUUCUUUUUCUUAUGUUGAUUGUCAAAGCAUGAUCAUAAAGCAUUGAUUUUGUAGAUGUGAUGCAGGGUAUAUGCACUGUAUCGAUGGCGCAUGUUGGUGGCCCUAUGUACCCUGAGCUGAAACUUUUGGAGUACAAUUCAAAUAGCUACAGAAUGAAUGUUGGGUUGUGGUCCCCCUUUACAUCCCCAAAUUAAUUUGUUCAGCUCUUUUAUGUUGCUUUUUUUUUCUCCCUUCAUUUGUAUUCCUGUGAAUAAACCCUUAUUAAGUUAACCUUUUAUUUUUCUUUCCAUGUGUAUUUUCUUAUGUACUGUGAAUAUGAAAACUUUAACCGGCACUCUUUAACAGAAGUGCUGAUGUAAAAGUGCAAGUCUUUAAUAAUUCAAGUCGCCUCAAAGGUAUCCCAUGAUGAUAAAGAAAAGUAACGGACUUAAACUCUGCGGGUCAGAGCUGAAACAGCCACUUUUCCACUUUCUUAAAGCAGAUUAUAAAAAGUUGCAAUGUUAAGCCAUAACCAUUUUUAAUAGAAUAUUUACUUUGCUCUGAACUCGUUUUGCAAUUAAACAAUUGAAAUCAAUUUUGUAAGAAGUAUUGUUCUUUAAUGUUGCAUGGUUUUAUUAAAGCUUUAUAUGGUAAUUGAGGAUAGGUGAACUCAAAAGAAAACUAUCUUAAAAAGGGUGUAGUUUUGCCCUGGCAAAUCCUUGGCAAGUAAAAAAUAUAGUCAUAGCUUGCUAAAACUUUUUUUAUUUUGAUAAGUGAUGAAAGAUGCAAAAAAACCAAAGGAUUCUAGGAAGUCUAAAAGUAAGCCUAGAAAGCAAAAGCAAAUGUUUUCUAUUGACAACAUUUCUUCUUCUAUGUUAAGAUGAAAAACAAUUGCAUUUGUGUGAAAAAAAAAAAAGUAAAGAUGAAUGCCAGCAUUUUAUAAGUUAUUAUACCUAAUAAAUUAUUAGUAUUAAUAGUGCUGCUAAGGUAUUUAAUAAUCUAAUAAAAUGGAAAGUUUGCUCUCUAACUCCUUGUUUCUUUAGAAAACUGAAAAUUUGCCAAGUGCUUAGAUUCUCUUAUUGUCUUUAAAGGACAGUGAACACAAGGAAUUUUUUUUUGGUUCGCAUUAAAGUUGAAAGGCAAAACUUUUUAAUUUUUUGUUGUGGAGAGGGAUUAGAACACCUUUCAGUUUUUAUUGCUGUCACUGCUAUUUUUACGGAGAAAUACUCUUGUGUCCUGUUUAUCAUCAAAAGUAAAAGAAAAUCCCACAUUUUGGGUUGACCUCCGAACACGAAUGGAGGGGAAAUCUUCCAAUGGGGUACCGAUGGUUGUGGUGACAUGCCUGGAUUCCCUAACUUUGGAGGGAUUUCCUUUUUAACUUCCUGUUUUAGCUAUGGCACAGGAAGUGAAGACAAAUCGACCCAAUGGGAAACAGAUGGCCAAAAAAAACUGAUGCGGUUUAUAACACUCCCUUACGCUAGGCAUAACAAAUAAUGUUUGCCUUUUAGUUACACUUUAACCAUUUACUAUUUUACAGAAAUUGUUACUUUAUUUAAUUGAGAUAAUGUGUUUAUUGUAGAUCUUCAGUUUUGACAAGGCAAAUGCAUAAGUUAUAAUUUGUAGUACAUGUAUUUAUAGUUUGUUGUAUUAAUAGUUGUCCCUUGCAAUUCAUGUGAUUUUGUCACAAAACUUUGCCAGCAUAAGUCAGAACAUUUUUAUAAAACCAUUCAAAUGCAAAAUUGAUAUGCAUUUUACCAAAACGAGUUUUUUUUUUUUUUAACCUGUUCAAUUCCUUCACAUAAAAGCCAUGUUUGACGCUAUAAUACCAGUCUUUUUGUCUUGAUGGCUACAGGAGACAGGGUUGCCUUUUAGGUGUGUGUGUGUGUGUAUGUUUUUUUCCUUUUUUUGUUCUUUAAUUCUUGCAUCAUGGGAUAUUUAAAAGCAUCUUACUAUUGUGGUCUCGUUUUGACAGUUUUUGAAUGUCGAUGGAAUGUUUAUAGAAUUGUGGGUCUUUGUCUUGUUACAUUCCAGUGUUUUCUGCCUCUUGGCAUGCUAAAAGCACGGCUUACAACUUGUCUGUCUUUCACACUGAAUAAAAGUGCUGUUAGAGUGCUAAACUACAGAAAUAGCUGCUGCUAUGUGAUGUAGAAUUCUCUACUUGAAUAUUUUUAUGUUGUAGGAACCUCAGGAGGUCUGUGUUUACUGUUUUUAUAUCUAACUUCUCUUUCCUGUUUGAGCUUCCCUGUUUUGAAGAACUCUAACAAUGAUCAAAACUGCCCAUCAACCUAAGUUGGUAACAGAAAGUAAACACAUAUAAAACCAUACACAUUCUUCAGUUGACAUGUAGGAAGGACCUCUCUUGGGAAUCUCACUUCAGCGCUGUAGUUAAAGGCUGAAGCCAUCCACAGCUGAAUUAUGGGUGGAUUCUGGUGGGUUGAAUCAUCUCCAAGUUUCUAACAUCUCACUGGGGGGGUAGCAGUUGAUCUCUCCGGAUAACCAAGGUUUUUCACUGAUGUCACUGCAAAGGGUCCAGCCCUUCCUUCUGCAUUCUUUGUAAAAUAUAUACUAGAAAUGCCAUUUGUGGGGAUGGGACAUCCAAUUAGUAUAUGUAGUGGUUAACAGAAGUAGUAAGUUAAGGGAAGAUUACUUUCCCUGGAAAUCCCCAAGGGAUGUAAUAACCCAAAGUGUAAGCAUUUUGGAAUCCAACCAAAAAUGUAAAUGUACAAAGUAAAAUCUUUUACAUUGGAUCAUAUUAACAGAAUUUGUACGCACUUGCCAUUUAAGCCCAAUGUCAUAAGUUGUGGGGAUGUGCCAGUAUUUAAGUCAUAAGAGGUUGCAUUCUCUAGUACAGCUUAUGAAAUGCUUUUAUUGUGCAGUAUACCGAAAGAAUGUAUGUUUUAAGUAAUUCGUCAAAAGCCCAUGCUCUUGAGAUCAGGUAAUGCACAUUUUAGUAGAUAUAAAGGUUUGUGCUAACAUUUCCAGCUAUUUCUAAUUACUAAACUCGGAGAGCCCAAUAACUUGGUUAUAACUUAAAUUGAUAGAUAAAAAACUUAACUGGGAUUUGUUAUAGCAGCGCAGCUUUUUUUUGUUUUGUAAAAAAAAAGAACCCUGUGCAGACUGAAGGUAUUCAACAGUGUACACUAGGAUAAUUUGAAUAUUGUAGUUAGAUGAAAAACUACAAAGCGUAUCGUUUUGACAAUGGGGGAUUCAUUGUUGUAUGGGUUCUGAUAUUGGAAGGGUAGACUUUGCGUAUAAUGCAUUAUCAAUGUGCUAAUAUGCCACCCUCAACACACAGCUGCCAGUGAAAGAUCUGUCACUAGUGGGAGAAGUACAAAGCUAAAGAUCUCUGGAAGGGUGAAGAAAGGAUGACCAAUUACUGAUGGUCAUGUGCCCUGGGUUGCAUUCUGGUUAACAGCUUAAUGAUAUAGCAGGAGCGUAAAGCAGAGCUCUAGAUGGCAAGAUCUCAUAUGAAAAAGAGCUGCACUGCAUAAUGCUUUUGCAGUGGACCAUCAUGACAAACAGUGGUGUGCUAUAAUCUAUACAAACCAAUGCAAUUAAUUCUCAUUGGGGCUUAUGUAAUGGGCCAUGUAAAGCCCACCUUCAGGCACAAGUAUUCCCGCCAGGGUUAAAGCAUUCCUUUGCCUCAAAAGCAAACUUCAUGCAGGCUUUCUUCUAUAUCUGGAAAAUCUGUUUGUUUACAUUCUGGGAUUAGUACAGCUUUUAAUGUGCUUCCGAUUCUGUGCGGAUGUAAAUUCUGCAGGUCUCAUAGAUGAACUCGGCACUGCUGUCUUGCCAGAGCCAACAGCCAUUCCCUUCCCCCUUUAUUCAGGCCAUUCACAAAACACAUGGUCCCAGGCUUCGUUUUGCGAAUUGUUAGGAGAGGGAGGUGAAGACACCACCUUGGCACUGGGGUCUAUGAGGCCUGCAGGUCUUUAAUCUGAGCUGACCAGAAGUAAUGUAAGAAACUGUACUAAUUCAAGCAAGCAUAUUUGAUUGCUGUAUAAGAAAUCCAGGUAGCUUUUUAUGAAAAAAAAGUUUAAACGUUUUAACCUCGGUAAAGUUAUUCCAGGAGUUGGGCUUUAAAGACAGUCUGAUAGCCCAUCUGAGCACCACAUGCUUAUGAAUCUACAGGGUUUUGUAUAGCUGAACACUAAGAAAAUUACUAAAUACACAGUUCAAAUUCACAUGCAUUGUUUUACAUGCCUAAGGACUUGCAUUUCUGUUCAUCCAGUCUGAGAUUUGCCCAGCCAGAAUGUGGAGCCAGAUGGGUAAUCCAAUUUAUUUCAUGCAUUUAAACAGUACAGCCUAGUUGGCUCCUUCACAGCAGAUUGAUAAACGUAUUCCUUUGCUCGCUGUGCUCUCUCCUCCAGUCAUUCUUCUGCCAGCACUGCGCUGUGCAGAACACCUGAUCAUGUCCUAGAGAUGCCCCAGUUCUCAAGCACUUACAAUUUUAUAGGGUCCCCUCAACCCUACAAGCACCUUCAUGGAAUGCUCCCUGCUCGAUUCUCGCUCUGUUUGAGUAGUAGGCGGGGCAUCAGACAGGUUCUAAACAUUGGUCUUCUCAAGCACAUUAAAUGCUGAUUGGUAGCUGUGGAGUAGUGCACCCAUUUCUAUUUUGCAUCCAAUUUUAGUU